AUGUCCGACAAGAAUGAAUGGGAGGGAAGAGCGCAACACACGGGUGCCGGGCCUCCGACCCCAUCGAGUCCCGGCCAAUGGCGACAACCACCACAUACGCCGGGCACAGGUGUGCGUCAGUCAACCAGUAGUAGUUGGCUGCCGCCCACACCUAUCACACCCGCACCACCGCAGUCACAGAUACAAAGCUCCGGGUGGUAUCAGGUAAACACCGGGGCAUUGGAUAGAUAUCCCGCUUCGGCCGCCCGACGGCUAUUUACCGACACUCGACCCCAAAUGGCCAGCACUUCAGAGGCUCAGCUAUUAUUGCCCGGUGCGGUGCCAACAGUGACACCAGUGACACAAGUGCCCGGUCCAGGCUAUCCAGAACGGACCGGCAACACCCCUACCGGUUAUAUUAUGCGCCCAAUGGGUCGCCUCCAGCAAAUGUACGAAGAGGUGCCUGCCUAUGGCCACCCGCAGGUUAGCACACAGUCCGGUGACAUGAAUGUGAGCAGUGCUCGGGAGACAGGGGGCGGGGGUUGGCUGAGUCGACUGUUGCCCUGUACGCCCGACAGCUGGCUAAAUGACAAAACUGUCAGAGAUUUAGCUAAACUACGAUCGCUGGGCUUUGAUGUGCAAAAAUUUGAGCGUGGUGAUCAGUUAGGCGAGGGCGCUUAUAGCAGAGUGUUUAUGGGCGCCUAUACAGGACAGAUUGGGAGCACAGCCGCCACCCGGAGCCGAUACCUGGCGGGUGUAAAGCCUGGCCAGACAUUUGCCGCCAAGUAUGUACAGCUGACACACGACACCCAACCCAUCGACCACUUGUGCCACAUCGUCGAGAAGGGUAUUAUCAAAACACUCAAACAUCCAAACAUUGUUGCCUUCAAAGUGAACAUCAAUUUAGGCCAACGAGUGAUACUCCGGCCGUUGGUGUCGGGCCAGCAGUUGCCCGAUAUUGUCUCUUAUAGGCGCAUGUUUUUGAUCAUGGAGUACGGCGACCAGGGUAGUUUGGAUGCGUUUACCAAUCAAGGUAAACUCAACGAUCAGUUAACGGUGCAAUUUACUGGCGAGUUGUGCUCAGCCAUGGCUUACAUGCACUACAACGGUGUCGCGCAUCUGGACUGUCAUAUAAACAACAUAAUGGUGUUCAGCGCACCGGGCGGUCAGUUCACAGUGAAAUACAUCGAUUUCGGUCUGAGCCUGUCGUGUCCGCUAUACUCCAAGUUAGGCGUACAGGUGUGGGGCAGUGAGUGGCGCAAAAUGGCCAAGAUGGACAUGUCGGAUCUGGUCCAUGUGUUGCAUUACAUGCUGGACAAGUGCCGUAGGAAUCGUUUGAAUACCGGCGCCGACCUGAGUCAGGUGAGGGCUGUGGCCCGCGAGAUGUUGACCACAAAGGAGCACAUGUUUGAUGUGAUCAAGAAAUAUACAUUUUAG